UCUUUUUGUACCUUCCACACAUUAGUCCCAACCGCCCACGGCCACCAUCUGCUGCUCCCGAAGCAGAGGCUCAUACAACGGCGUCAAGCCUGGAGCUUUAAAGACAAUAACGGGGUUUCCCGUUUAAAGCACCACGGUUCCCAAGACAUUGGGUUAGCUAAGUGAAUUUGAUCACUAAAGCUAAGACCACCGUUGUUGCCGCCCUCCACCAGUUCAAGCAAAGUCACAAAAAUCAGGACAAAAUGGUGCAGAACAAGAUCACCGAAGUUACCGGAUUCCAUCGCUCUUUUAAGGGGCAAAAUCCCUUUGAAUCUGAAGAAUUUUCCAAAACAGGAUCCCAUCUCCUUGAAUCUGCCUUCAAUUUUGAUUGUUCCGCCCGGCCUGACAUGCCAUCCAGCCGGCCCAUCGACAUCCCAGAUGCCAAAAAGAGAAACAAGAAGAAGAAGAGAUGCCGGGCAACAGACAGCUUCUCAGGGCGAUUUGAGGAUGUAUAUAAACUGCAAGAUGAGGUCCUGGGGGAAGGGGCCUAUGCUAGGGUAGAGACUUGCAUCAGCCAAAUCACCCACAAAGAAUAUGCUGUGAAGAUCAUUGAGAAGAGGCCAGGACACAGCCGGAGUCGUGUUUUCAGAGAGGUGGAAAUGCUGUACCAGUGUCAGGGCCACCGAAAUAUUCUGGAGCUAGUGGAGUUUUUUGAAGAGGAGGACAAGUUUUACCUUGUGUUUGAGAAGCUCAGAGGAGGCUCCGUCUUGGCCCACAUUCACAAGAGGAGAUACUUUAGCGAACAGGAAGCCAGCAUUGUGGUGCAGGACAUUGCGAGUGCGCUGGACUUCCUUCACAAUAAAGGUAUGGCUCACAGAGACCUGAAGCCGGAAAACAUCUUGUGUGAAAACGAGCACAGGAUUUCGCCUGUGAAGAUUUGCGAUUUUGAUCUGGGCAGUGGGAUUAAACUCAACAGUGACAGUUCCCCCAUCUCCACUCCAGAGCUCCUCACUCCAUGUGGAUCUGCGGAGUACAUGGCGCCGGAAGUUGUGGAAGCCUUCAACGAAGAGGCCACAAUCUACGAUAAGCGUUGUGACCUGUGGAGCCUGGGUGUCAUCCUCUACAUCAUGCUUAGCGGCUACCCCCCCUUCGUGGGACGCUGUGGAAGCGACUGUGGAUGGGAGAAUGGAGAACCUUGUCAAGCGUGCCAGAACACCUUGUUUGAAAGCAUUCAGGAGGGCAAGUACGAGUUUCCAGAGAAAGAGUGGGCUCAUAUUUCCUCCAGCGCCAAAGACCUCAUUUCCAAACUGCUUGUGCGGGACGCCAAGAAACGUCUCAGCGCCGCUCAGGUUCUCCAGCACCCCUGGGUACAAGGGGGUGCCUUUGACUAUUCCCCCUCCUCUAUCCUGCCGCAAAGGAAUAGCUGUGCUAAGAACCUGACUUUCUUUGCGGGCAAGGCUGUUGCUAUGAACCGGCAACUGGCCGAGCAAGACGACCUGGAAGAGCAGCAGCACCAGGACCCUCUUCAGGUCAUCACAGCCACUGGCACAUCCAUGCGCCUCUCCCCUCCCUCCAACUCCAAACUGGCUAAGCGCAGACAGCGGAGCAGCCUGCUGAAAGGAGCGCCCGUCUCUGCAUCUGAGCUCAGGCAGCUCCUGGCACCGCUGGUCAUUGUGGGAGACUGCGCUUAAUCGAUAGAGCUGGGCUCCCAGUGAACAAAUUUCCAAUUUCAAAUGGACGAACAAACAAGUAUCUGCUAUCUUUUGUGCAAAUCCUUCUCCGUUUCUUCUUCCCACUUGAAUGAGACCCAGUCCUUUCCUAAACCGUGGUUCAGUUUGUGCCUGUUGUAAAUCCAUUUAAUUCCCUCAAGCACUGGAGCACGAGCUCCUACAGCACUUUGAUCAACUUUUGGCAGCUUGGGAAUCACCUUAAGAGCUCAAGGCGAAUGAACUGGACUCUGUUUAGGAUGGAGGUUGGGUUACAUAAGCCAUUCGGAAAUUUGUCUAAAGGUAGAGCAUAAAAUACCAGCUCGAACACCAAAGGUCUAAUACCUCCCACCCCCUACCUUUUUAUGUGCUGCUUCCACAUUACAACUGGAUCCACUGUGAAUUUUCUCUAUGAGAGAUACAACUGCAUUUGUUUUUCAGGAACUUUCUUCCUGCUAUGUGUAUGUGCGUUUGUGUGCGAGUGUGAGUGUGUGUGCAUAUCCCCAUCCCCUUCAGCAGAUACUGAAAAUACUGGUAUGUGCUUAUGCAACUCUGAUGAAGGCUAUUUUGACUUGCAUUACUUUAGCAGAGAUCUUGUAUAAGUGGAACGAAACUCUGAUAAUAGUGCCUCACCUUACUUAAUCCAUCACUGUCCUUCUCAUCAGCCUUUUAAUUCCAAAAAGAAAAUCCCCUUAUCAAUAGGAAUAGCUAGCUUUUUUGCUCUUUUACUCUAGCACUUCCAAAGUGUGUCCUUCCAGUACAGACUUUGCAUCAAUUAGCCAGACUAUCCCAGCAGUCUGCUUUUGAGACGUGGGUUCCCCUAGUUAAGGAAUCCGUACACUUGCUGCAUUUUACUUUGAAUGCGACGUUUCUGCCUUGCAAGACUCAAAUUGGAAUUGCAGCAUCAGAUGCAUUCAACCUAAUGUCUAGGGAAACAUAAGUUUCCUGUAAAAUUCACCAAAAAUCUUGUCAGGUGACUGAAAAGAGUGAGUAUAAACAUUUCUGAGCACAACUGGGAUUAAGUGCAUGCUGGGAAGCAACCAGGUGGUUGCACAAGCACACGUUUGCCAAUGUGACUAGAUGAAUGACGAUGGUUGGUAUCAGGGAGAACUUUGAACUUGUUCCCCACUUUGAGGUGGGUGAUUAUGGUACGGAAAUUUCAAACUUAUCAGCUUGUGGAUGCCACCAAAAGCGAACUAUAUCAAUAGUAAGAGUGGAGGGAGAGAUAAUUUUCAAGUAACUGAACAUGUAAAAAAAAAAGAAAAAAAAAAAGGAAAAAACAUUCCAGAAAAAAAAAGGAUUUAAAAAAACUAAACAAAAAAAGUCUUCCAUGAAAAUGUAGCUGUAUGAGUGAAAUGGUCUAAGAAAGUUUACUUGUUUUUUUUUACACACAUCUAUUAUAUACACGUUAAUGGUUGACUCCAAUUUAGAGUGUGCCACACUUAUGUUUCAAACUCGGUUGAGCUUUGUUGAACUUUUUAUUGAAAGAAUAUUUUCUAUCUUAUUUUUAUGCAGGUGCUGUUCAGGUGGAACGUUUUCCUUUUUUAUAUAGUUUUGUUACUUUAUUAAUGUUGAUUCUUAUGCUGUAAAGAGCAAGAAGGGUGUAUGUGACGAGUUCGAGAGGAAAAAGGAAGGAAAAAAAGACAGGAAGUCAUAUAGGCAUACAUAUUUUACUGUUUUUGUUCUUGCUUUGGAAGUGAUUUCAGGGUUGUUUAAACUCCACCUUUCUCUCAGAAAUUAUUGAUGGCUUGAUAUUUCUAGUAAGAUACAACCAUUUUUUGCCAAAGUGCGCUCGUUUCUGGGAGUGCUGAUCUCGGAUCAGUUUUAGCAUUUCCCCAUACCAAUUCAUAAGACGCAGCAUACUUGGUUGAGCUGAGCAAAGACCGUCUCUCCCUCUCCGAGAUGCAUAAAACAUUUGAACCCAGUCGUCUGGAUUCAGAUUACGUCUUUAUGAAUUCGUGUCACCAAUGGGAGUUCAAAUCACCCAAGCAUUAUGAUCCUGUUGAAUGUUUUCAGAGUGUCACUCACCUGUCUUGUUGCUCUGAGAUAUGAGAAACCUAAUGGCAGUCCUUGAUUUUGAAGGGCCCAUUAUGCUGAUUAUGAUGACACUGAUUGUAACCUUUAUUGAUUUUGUCUUUCUUUUCUUUAAGAAUCUUUUUACAGAUCUUUGUGGGUUUUUUUUAUGUCUUACAGUAAGACUUGAAUUGUAUGUGCUACAGUUUCCUCAUGUUUUGUUCAGGAAACUUAUUUUGCUACAAUGUACAAAUGGCAAACGAAAAUGUUCAUAAGCUGAGAUUUAAAGCAAUCUUUGGUCUGGAAAGUAACCUUUCCGCCACUUCUGUUCAGUAUUUUGUCUGUCUUCUUGGCUUUGCUAUAUUUCAGAUUUUCCAAGUGUUUGGGUUUGUAUUUUCUGAAAUGUCUGUGGCGCUUGGCUGGUCCUCUAAAGCCCCUGUGCCUCUGACAAAAUGUUCACAACUCUUUUACCCAUAUGGUAGUUAUGGGUUGCCUUGUAGUAACAGAUCUGACUUGGAUUCUCAAGAAUAUAUGAAUAUAUAUAUUUUUUUUUCUUCAGGGGGUGUGUUAGAAAGUUCUCAUUCAAUGUUCCUGUUUUACACAGGCUAAUUUUUGCCAUUAUAAACAAGUGUAAAGUAUUGUAAUAUGAAGUCCUCCCACCCCCCAAUUCUUUUCCCACCAAUGCAAAGGUUAUUGAGAAAGUAUUCAGGUGUAUAAUUUUUAUUUUUGUUUUAUAAUCUAAUGUGACCCUUUAGUCUAAACUCUGAAGGCUAUUGUUUUUUAAGAGCACUGUUUGUCCAUUUCCAAAAUUAAACUCUUGUCCAAAAUAAUAAUUUGGGGAAAAAAAAAAAAAAUCUGACAUGGCGUCUCACUUGGGACAACAUGGGUAUUGAUUUAAAGAAGCACUUUACUGUACCAUGUGGCUGACUGCAGUUCACUCGAAGCUAAAUUUAUGACUGUUGUGGCAGAAUUUUGUAUUGUUUUGUACAAAACAAACCAACAAAAAUGCAAUAAAAUGCUUUGAACAACG